CCACGCUACCGGAGACAAAGGAAUAAUAAAUGGGCCGAUUCGAGAUCUGAUACGGAUGCCAGGUGAAGAGGAGGUGGAGAAACAAACAGCAAUGAUCAAUAGACCGGAAAGCUUACCGAACAAAAGUCCAGCAGGGGGCGCUCGCCUCUAACCCGGUAUUGGGUGACCUACGUUCCUGUGGUGGUGAACAUGACUGCGAGUUCUCCAGGAGAACAAAUGCUGUAUUAUUACAGUGCUCAGGUACAUGUGGUGCCUCCUCAGCAGUUCUCAGUCCAUCUCACAGGAUUCAAUACAUGCUACACUCUACUCCCUGAACCUACUACCCCAACAAAUGUGUCUGCUGCAGGGAUGUUCUACUAUAAUGAUCAGGCCGUGUACAACCAGACUCCAUUCCCAAUGGUCCCUCCACUGCAGCAACACCCAUCUACCAAGAGGAAGAGGAAAACUAUCGUUGUCCGAGAUCCUAACCAGGACAACAAGGACAUCAUGGAGGAGAUCAUAUCAGAAGCUGGCAGGAGUCGGAAGCCCACUCUGCCAGUGGGAAAUGUCUUUUCCGUCCCUAUGCCUCUGCAGUUACCAGCAGAUGAUAAGAUUUAUUUGGGAUCGAAUUUCGGGGGACGACGGCUGAACUGGAAGAACGGCUGCGAUGGAGAAACUAGCGCUAGAGCCACAUCCGGAGCAUCAGUAAAACUCGACGCAGUGCCAGACUCGACUACAAACAAGCUGCGCUAUCAGAGGAGGAAAUGGAGAAACGCUCUAAAUCCAUUAUUGAGGAGUUUCUACACAUAAAUGAUUACAAAGAGGUCUCGCAUUGCAUGGAGGAACUGGACCAGGGUGAGAUGCUGGACGUUUUUGUUCGGGUGUGUGUGGAGACCACGCUGGAGCGAAACCAGAUCACACGUGACCACGUGGGUCAUCUGUUCCAUCAGCUGCUGCAGGCUGGGAUCCUCUCCACAUCUCAGUUUUUUAAAGGGUUCUCAGAAACCCUCGAGAUAGCAGAUGAUAUGGCGAUUGACAUUCCUUAUGUAUGGCAGUACAUAGCGGAGCUCGUUAA